UCCCAUAAUCAGGGUGCAAUUGUCGCGGACCCGUCACUUUCACCUCGGUCCCUCGGUCUCGGCCCCACCGGCACGCCCACCGCGAUUCAGUCGAUCGCAUCCAGUCGCCAUGGGAGUCUCCUCCGUCUGCGUCCUGCUGCUGGCCGCCGCGGCCUCGCGCGUCGCGUCCGCCCCCGUGCUGGACCCCUCCGCGACCGGUGCGGAGGUGCCCGUCGAAGUCCCCAUCGAGGUGCCCGUGGAGUGCGUGCCGACCCGCGAGGACCCCGACGUCGUCCUCUGCCGCCUAGUCCGUGGCCCGGAAGGCCCGGGCCGAGCCCCCCGCCGUCUCCUGGGCCGCAUCGGCUUCCUGACGGGGCUGCACCUCGGCGGCGCCAUCUCGAGCAGCGGGUCGCUGUCGGCCAGCCACAGUCUCAACGUGUUCGGCAAGGUCAUGAACACGGCGCUGUCCGUGAGCUACGGGCCCAACGGAUACUACCAGGCCCCCGGUGGACUCGGCGGAGGGCGUCCCCCGCUGAACCCGAUCAACCCCGGGUUCGGCGGGUUCGCCGACGACCCGAACGCAGGCGCCGCCCCCGCCCCCGCGGCCUCUUCGCCAUCCACGUCGGCGUCGGCCGCGGCCUCGUCGCCAUCCACGUCGGCGUCGGCCACGGCGUCCUCCCCCAACCCGGAUAAGGGCGGCGAGGCGUCCGCCGUGCUGGCGGGCACCAUCUCCAGGGACGCGACCAGGCCGGGGAUUGCCAGGCUCGAGGCGGACGAGGACGAUGGCGUGACGCCACAGAACAGGCUCCCCGUCGCCGAGGACAUCCAGCCGGCGCGGACUCAGGACGCCGAGCCCGCGCCGGUCCAGGAGGAAGUGGACGAGGGCGGCGCGGACUCCUCCGAGGACACGGUCGGCGAGGAGCCCCUGCCGGGCCCGCCGCCGCCUCCGGUGCCGGCGUCUUCCGGGAUCCAGCUGUCCUCGCAGCGCAGCGCCCAGCUGGAGGCCGUCGCCAGGGUGAGGGCCGCGCCGGGCGCCGACGAGCAGCGCCGCCUCUUCCUGCAGCACCACAACAAGCACGUGGCCGCCUUCAACCAGCACUACGCGCAGUACCACGGCGACGUGUCGAAGGUGGCAGUGUUCUCACGCACGCGAUCGUCGUGACGAGCGCUGCUCGUCGACUAGAGGGAGCGCCUUGUGGGUAGGCAACUCAACUGGCUUAAGGCCGUUGAUAUCCAUCUGACGAUCAUUUCACCUCUGGUAGACUCCUUUGUAAUUCUAAUUUUAUAAUUUAUUCUAGUCUUUAAUGUAUGUGAUAUGUGUCGCAUGACUUGCUGCCGAAGAUUGAAAUAAACGAGUCAUAUAUUGAA